AUGGUUGACAAAAGUUCAGACCAAAGUAUUAUGGAUAAAUCCAUGAGAUCGGUUUUUGUGGGAAAUAUUCCCUAUGAAGCUACCGAGGAAAAACUUAAGGAAAUUUUCAGUGAAGUUGGCCCUGUCGUCUCUUUAAAGCUUGUCUUUGAUCGCGAGAGUGGUAAACCCAAAGGUUUUGGAUUUUGCGAAUACAAGGAUCAGGAGACGGCCUUAAGUGCUAUGCGUAAUUUAAAUGGUUAUGAAAUAGGCGGACGUACUCUGCGUGUAGAUAAUGCUUGUACAGAGAAAUCGCGCAUGGAAAUGCAACAACUUUUGCAAGGACCACAGGUUGAAAAUCCAUACGGUGAACAUUGUGAUCCCGACCAGGCUCCGGAGAUAAUAACAAAGACUGUGGCAUCUCUGCCACCUGAGCAAAUGUUCGAGUUAAUGAAACAAAUGAAGUUGUGUAUACAAAAUAAUCCUUCUGAAGCUCGUCAAAUGUUGAUGUUGAAUCCACAAUUGGCCUAUGCCUUGUUACAGUCUAUGGUAGUUAUGCGUAUUGUUGAUCCACCUACGGCCUUGGGCAUGCUAUUUAAAGCCAAUCAAAUGCCUCCCGUAUUGGGUGCUAAACCAUUAUCUGGUAACGCUGGUGCACAAGGCUUGAAUUCUAUGCCACAAUCACAAAUAAUUCCGCCAGCACCCAGCAUGAGUGGUCCACCUAUGCCUGUACCAGUCCCCAAUUUUAAUUCCAUGCCCGGUAAUGAUAUUGAUUUGCGCGCCAUGACCGGGGUAAAUAUGCCCUCACAACAACCAAUGGAUCCCCGCCAAAUGGACCCAAGAAUGUCACGCAAUAUGGACCAAGAUAUGAGAUCAAUUCCCAAUCCCGUACCACCACCACUAAUGGAUCCACGCAAUCAGCGUCAAUUGCCACAGCCACAGAUGAAUACACCACCUUCAUUUCCCAGUGAUCCACGUCAAAGACCAAUGGAUCCUCGUUUGAGAGGUGCUGGUCCAGGACCCAGUGGACCUGUACCACCCCCAACGGCCCAGCAGACAGCACAACAGCAGUUACAAAAUCGUUUGGCCACCAAUUGUGGUCUUCCCAAUGAUGCCUCUGACCAAGAAAAGGCAGCAUUAAUUAUGCAAGUUUUGCAGUUAACCGAUGAGCAAAUCUCACAGCUUCCACCAGAGCAAAGAACUAGUAUUUUGGUAUUAAAAGAACAAAUUGCCAAGAGUACUCAACGUUAAAUGUAAAAUCUUAAUAAUCUUGAAAUAAUAAAAAUCUUCUAUGUAACGAUUCCAAAAUUAUUUGCAUACAGCAAAAAUACAUUAUUUUUUAAUCCUAUAAA